AUGUGCAGGCGCAGCCGCGCUGUCCAGGAUUUCCUCGUUCUUCCAAACCCACAAGUUGUCCAGGGCACAAUUUCACAAAACUCCGACGAACCUCCAGCACGGCCGUCCGGCCGGAAAUCUCGCCCGCGCCUUCAUUCCGAACUCUUGUCGUCGGGACUGACUCUCAUUCCGAUCACAUCUACAAACAGCAAUCAGGAUGAUGUGAGUAUUUAUAUCCUUGGCUAUCUUCUCGACUAUGGAGCGGGAAACGUACGCUCGUUGGCUAACUCGAUCAACCGAUUAGGCUUCCAAUUCAAAUGGGUUACCUCGCCUGAUGAUAUCAAAUCUGCAACAAAAUUGAUUUUCCCCGGUGUCGGAGCUUUUGGACCAGCGUUGGAAGCCCUCCGAGCCAAAGGAUACGAUGAACCAUUGAUUGAGUAUAUCAAAUCGGGAAAGCCGUAUAUGGGUAUCUGCAUCGGCAUGCAGGCCCUGUUCUUGUCAUCAGAAGAAAAUCCUGAGGUUCCGGGACUAGGAAUCGUCCCUUCACACGUCCAGAAGUUUUCAUCGUCAAACAAGGCUGUACCUCACAUGGGCUGGAAUACUUCUUUAAAAGUCACAUCUCCGAAUGGAUCUACGACCGAAGGCUCUGAUUCAGAUUCAGCAUACUACUUCGUCCACUCAUAUCGUGCUUCGAAUGUUGAAGCCAUGGAUGGAUGGACGGAGACGCUUACCCGCUACGAAGAUGAAGUGUUUGUCAGCAGUAUCAGACGCGGCAACGUUUUUGCUACCCAAUUCCAUCCCGAAAAAUCCGGGCCCAAGGGCCUCCAACUCCUGCAAGAAUGGCUGUCGGAGCCUGAUCAUAUCGCUUGUUACUCUGAUGUCCCACUCAAGAUCCCAGCUCCACUCGACCCCCAGACUUUGAUGACUCGAUCUGGACUGACUAAGCGAAUCAUUGCUUGUUUGGACGUCCGAAGUAACGACACUGGCGACUUGGUGGUAACGAAGGGAGACCAGUAUGAUGUCAGGGAGGCUAACGGGUCGGAGCUGAACGACGCGAGCACCAAGGGUCAAGUCAGGAAUCUCGGCAAGCCUGUGGAGCUUGCCCGUCGGUACUACGACGAAGGGGCCGACGAAAUCACGUUCCUCAACAUCACCUCGUUUCGAUCAUGUCCCCUUAACGACCAGCCAAUGCUCACGGUACUCGAAAAGGCAGCCGAAACGGUAUUUGUGCCCUUCUGCGUGGGUGGUGGGAUCAGAGACACAGUUGAGCCCGAUGGAACCUCGCGCUCUGCCCUCGAAGUCGCUACGGCCUACUUUCGCGCUGGGGCCGACAAAGUCAGUAUUGGUGGGGACGCCGUGAUCGCUGUUGAGUCCUAUCUCUCCAGCAAACAGCUCCCCAAGAGUGGUAUAUCCGAAAUUUCUAGGGUCUAUGGAAGACAAGCUGUGGUGGUCUCUAUCGAUCCCAAACGGGUUUAUGUGUCGAACAUCAACGAUGCACCGCCUGAACAUCAAGCCUGUGUGGUGGAUCUUUCUUCUCCAGCCUUGGGGGCAGGCUCUGAAUCGCAGAACCUGAGGGCGGAUCUGGGGCCCAACGGUGAACGGUUUUGCUGGUACCAAUGUACGAUCAAGGGGGGCAGAGAAAGUCGGCCAGUGGAUGUGGUUCAGAUGGCGACCGGAGCUGAAGCGCUUGGGGCGGGUGAAAUCCUGUUGAACUCGGUCGACAAGGACGGCUCAAAAUCUGGAUUCGAUUUACGCCUUGUCGAGCUUGUCAGAAGACACGUCUCUAUCCCCGUCAUCGCCAGCUCUGGUGCCGGCUCCGCAAAAGACUUUGAAGACUUGUUCCUCCAAACUACUGUCGAGGCCGGGCUGGCUGCCGGAAUCUUCCACCGGAACGAAGUACCCCUGCCGACUGUCAAAUCACAUCUCAAGCAGCUAACCCAAAUCCCGAUCCGAGACUUGCCGCAAUAA